CCCGUUUCGCGCAGAGGACCGGGAGAUCUGCGCAGGCGCAUCGCCUGCUCCGCCCACUUGUGACGUACGCGAAGCCGUUAAGCGAGCUGGCGUCUCGGCGCGCGAUUUAAAAUCAGCUGCAGAGACGUGGAGGAUAAGAUGGGACCUCCUUGCCCAGAGACCCGUGGACACCCGCACAGUGCUUCCUCGCCGUCAAAAAGGGUGUUCUCCAUGCCCCCGCCCCGGAAGGCCCCCUUCAACACACCUGGCACCCCAGUUCUUGAAGACCUCCCUCAGAAUGACGAUGAGCGGGAACGUCUGCAGCGCAGGCGCUCUCGGGCCUUCGACCUGCAGCUCAGCACAGACUCACCCCGCCUGCUGGCCUCCCCCUCCAGCCGGAAUGGGGACUUUUCAGCUACAAUUCCUAAGUUUACAAACACACAGAUUACAGAACAUUACUCCACCUGCAUCAAACUAUCCACUGAGAAUAAAAUCACUACCAAGAAUGCUUUUGGCUUGCACUUGAUUGAUUUCAUGUCGGAGAUUCUUAGACAGAAGGACACUGAACUGACCAACUUUAAGGUAGCUGCAGGCACUCUGGACGCCAGCACCAAGAUCUAUGCUGUGCGGGUGGAUGCUGUCCACGCCGACGUGUACAGAGUCCUCGGGGGACUGGGAAAAGAUGUGCCAUCUUCGGAAGAGGCAGAGAGCCAUGGCACAGACAAAAGUGUGACUGAACCAGGAACAACCAAAAAGGCUCCAAAGCCAAAGAAGAAGCACUCACACAAAACCAUCGAGCAGAAUAUAAACAACCUCAACAUCUCCGAGGCAGACCGGAAAAGUGAGAUCGAUCCCAUGUUUCAGAAGAUGGCAGCCUCAUUUGAUGAGGGCAGCACAGCAGGGGUCUUUCUUUCCACCCUCCACUGCCACGACUACAGGAGUGAGCUGCUUUUCCCUUCUGACGCCCAGGCCCUCUCCACUGGGGGGCCUCCCGAGAUGCCGGACCUGGGCUGCGUAGAAAUGACAGAUUUAAAAGUGCUCCUGCAGCAGUGCGCCGAGGAACGCCAGAUCUGCCCUUCCCUGGCUGGGUUCCAGCUUGCCACGUGGGACAGUGAGGCACAUGAUGAGUCUGUGUCAGCCCUGGUAGACAAGUUCAAGAAGAACGAUCAGGUAUUUGACAUCAACAUCCCGGUAGAGGACAGUGAUGGCAGGGAUUCCCCUGAUGGACCCCUGGACGACUUUGAUGCCAGUGAUGAACCCGGCUACACUGCCUCCGGGGAUCAUGCAGAGUUCAGGAGCUGGAGGGAGCCCUGCCAUGGGCAAAGCUGCCAGGAAGAGGCAAUUCCCCUCGGCGAUGGGGACAUCAGGACCAUGUGCCCCCUUCUGUCCAUGAAGCCAGGAGAAUAUUCCUAUUUCAGCCCCCGCACCAUGUCAAUGUGGGCCGGGCCGGAGCACUGGCGCUUUAGACCCCGACACAAGCAAGAGACUGCCUUGAAGUCAGAGAACAGAAAGAAGAGCACAAAGAAAGAGUUCGAAAUUGACUUUGAUGACGACAUUGACUUUGAUGUGUAUUUUAGAAAAGCAAAGGCUCCCACAGUUCUGACCAAGUCCACUCUGGAGAACCAGACCUGCAGAGCCACCACUCUCCCCGCAGACUUCCACUAUGAGGCUAAUGAUCUCGUCAGGCUACACCUCAAACCAGGCACCAGGUUACUAAUGACGGCCCGGAGUGCAGAGACCGAGCAUUAUGAAGACAUCGGAGACUAUGACUACGACAACGCCAAUGACACCUGCAACUUCUGCCCAGGGUUACAGGAUGCUGACAGUGACGAUGAAGAGUCGGGUGACUUAUUUGUGGGAGCCGUUGGGACCUCUGACCUCUCAGCUUAUCCUUGCCAUCCACCCAAGACUACACAAGAGGACGAUGACACACCUGAUGUCCAAGGGUCGGACAUCACCAGUUAUGGGGAGUCAAACCUGGUAGCUGAGCCUCAGAAGGUAAAUAAAAUGGAAAUUCACUAUGCCAAGACUGCCAAAAAGAUGGACAUGAAGAAGCUGAAGCAGAGCAUGUGGCAUCUGCUGACAGAAUUCUCCACACAAGCUGAUACAGAGGCAAACCACAGCAAGACUGGAAAGGAAGGGGACCCAGUGGAGGUGACUGACAAGAAGAUGCUCAGUGGACUCACAAGGGACCUGCAGAAGAGCCUGCCCCCGCUCAUGGCUCAGAACCUGUCUGUGCCCCUGGCCUUUGCCUGUCUCCUGCAUUUAGCCAAUGAAAAGAAUCUAAAGCUGGAAGGAACCCGGGAUCUUUCUGAUGUCUUCGUGAGGCAAGGGAACUGAGUUCGCCGGGAGAAGUCAGCAGGAGCGGCUCAUCACUGCCCAGUGAUCAGGACGUCACUAUGGCCACUGCGGUGUGGGGCUCAUGGCAGGGCUGUAGCCAGCUUCCAAGGUUCCUGUUUGUCACUCUUCCCUCCUACCCCUCAUAGUCUGAAACCGGCACCCAGAAGUUGCGCCCUUGACUAGUUUUCUACCCUGUUGUGACACCCUAGGUGGGAGGGGGGAGGGUUGUUCCUAAUGAUGAAAACCUGCAUCCAUCUCUGUCUGUGUAUGGUCUUGGUCUCCUAACUGAUGUGUUGUUCUCCAUACUUUACUCGUGUAGAAAAUGAGUUCCCAGUUGGUGUUUGUGGUCCUCUAACAGCUACCCAAUCCAUGUACAUGAAAUACAUCACACGCACCUAUAAAUGUAUAUACAGUGCUUAAGAAUAAAAUCGUUCUGAAUAACA